UCAUAGUCAUAAACCCGUUGGUCGUUCCAGGUUCUGAUUUAUCUGUUUUAUAUAUGGAUCAAUAUAUCGGGUCAAGCCUGGGCGUGAGACGCUUGUAUAGGCCGAUCAGCUGUUUGUGAUGCUAACCUACUUGGGCUGUGUGACAUUUCUCUCACUCCUCAUAAUGGAAGUGUGUUCGCAGGGACUUCGCAGGCCUCUGUUUAUGAGCCGCAGUCGUUUCUGCACCUGUGUGGGACAUUUGAGGCAGCGCCAGUGGAACUUGGGCCUUUGUUGAUUGCAGUUGGAGGCUGUCAGUCGUGAGGUUAUUGAUGCUUGUAUGAAGAGGCUCCCACGGCCGCAGCGGGUCGAAGACAGGCGCACACGAAACAUCUCUGUAACCGUGACAACAAGCAGUGGCGAUAAUUCAGCCUCGUGAAACGUGCAGCGUGUGGUCCUGUUGACCUUUACCAGCGUUGAUCUACUGUACAUUCAAUAAUAAACUGGUUUGACUGUGUUCACUGAGAGUCGCUAAUGGGGCUGAGUGGGCGCUCUAGGUGGGGGUGCCACCGGCCCAUCCACAUAUCUGAUUAUCUAACUGAUGACCUACAUAUGGAGCCCUUGCUUCCAGCGUGUAGGAGCUGUGUGACGGGUUCAGAUGUUUGCCGUGUGCGCUCUUCAGCGACAGCAGCAGAUGGUCCAGCUCUUUCCUGCCUCAGAUGAAGCUCGCUGACUCAUCUUUACAGCCGACCACGGAUUUUAGCCAGAUCAGACGAACCUGUGAUUAAUGAGUGAGUGAUAAAGGCAGAGGCAGUAAAUGCUCCCACUGAGUGGGACGCCGGCGUGGAAAAGUACCCAAGAGCUGUCCCGCUGCUGCGGCACCAGAAUCUGAGCUGCGCCGACUUGGCAGCUCGUCGGCCGCGGCGCAUGAAUGUGUUGGUGGCACUCGAGCUGCUCCGUGUCAACAUGAUUCCUGCUCGCUGUGAAGCGGGGCCCAUGGCCCCGCGGCGUGGAGGCGGCAGGUGUUCACGGCCCUGAGCCGGCCCGUCCAGGGGCGUCCGGGCCGCUCGCUGGACGGGCCGUUCCCAGGAGACCGGCCGGGCUUGGAUCCAUGUUUCCUCCUGACGGACCACGUUCUGGGAAGAUGGAAAUCAGAUGAACUUGGCUGGAGGCUGCAUCGGGAUCUCAACAAGACAACGGAUUCUCACUGGAGAUCAUCAAGGUUGAAAAUGGAAUGGGAACAGGUAGAGAUGUCCACAGAGCAGCCGGUCACUGAGAAGCCUAAACCUUAUGAUGGACCCUGGUUGGACCCUGGUGUGGUCAGCUACAUGCUGCAAAGCUUCCUGCCUCUGGUGGCCACAGAAGAGGAGAGAAGAAGCGUGUUAGGAGGUUUGCUGCCUCUGGUGAAGAGUCGAAAGAGUGAAGAGGACGACAAGAAGAUAUUUAAUCUGAGCCGGGGUCGCACGGUGACAGCCAUGAGAAGAAUGCACACUCCCCAGGUAGAGAUGUCCACAGAGCAGCCGGUCACUGAGAAGCCUAAACCUUAUGAUGGACCCUGGUUGGACCCUGGUGUGGUCAACUACAUGCUGCAAAGCUUCCUGCCUCUGGUGGCCACAGAAGAGGAGAGAAGAAGCGUGUUAGGAGGUUUCCUGCCUCUGGUGAAGAGUCAGGACGACAAGAAGGUAGAGAUGUCCACAGAGCAGCCGGUCACUGAGAAGCCUAAACCUUAUGAUGGACCCUGGUUGGACCCUGGUGUGGUCAGCUACAUGCUGCAAAGCUUCCAGCCUCUGGUGGCCACAGAAGAGGAGAGAAGAAGCGUGUUAGGAGGUUUCCUGCCUCUGGUGAAGAGUCAGGACGACAAGAAGAGAUUGGCGCAGAUGUUUGAAGCAAACCCUGCUCAGAAGACGCCGGAGCAUCCUGUCAUUGUCAGACACCAUGAUGAGAGAGCACUACGUCUGAAGGACGUCAGUGCAGUGGAGGGCUUUGAUCCAGCAGAGGUGGAGUUGUCUGUGAUGAUGCUGUCUCCUGCGUGGCGCCUGAUCGAGUCUCUAGCUCAUGAGGAAAACAGAAACUCCUGUUGGAUGGCAAUCAAACAGCAGCUACAACACUACUGCACAGUUGAUAUGGUGUCAUGGGCUGAUGUGGAGCGCCUGCUUCAUCAGAGUGUACUGGAGUCUAUGACGCUGACCAGUCUGGACCAGAACGGUGUGCUCCUGAGAAGCGCAGGCCCUCUGGGAGCACUGGAACCAGCUCUACAGCAGACAAUAAUCCCCUGGGACAACCCACCAGACUAUGCCCAACAGCAGCUCCACAACCUCAGAACUAAAGGUCUAACAUUUCUCAGUGAGGAUCCCAUUAACACAAAGAAUUUCAGCCAGAGAGUAGGCAGCUGCGUGGACCUGUCCGACAUUCAGAGCUGCAGGCUGAGGUCUCUGUUUGACUGGCACUAUUCUGAAUGGCACAGUGCUACUGUCUUCCCACAGGUUCUCCAGCGGGCCUCUGAACAAUACUGCUGCUUAGACACAUUCAGAGGAAGUCAUAGGAACGUGUUUUACAUUUUUUGCCACAAUCCCAUGAGUCCUCAUCGCCAGUGCAAGGAAUUCUGGGAUGUAUCUCUUCACACUGACGUCAAGUUCAGAAAGUACUUGGAGCAUGUGGCAGAUGCUAUUUCAGACUGGACUAAAGAGGAGGAAUUAAAGAGGGAAGAAAGAAGGACAGUUUGGUCUCCAACAGAUGAAAAGACUUCAGAGGCUUCAAAGGAGAUGGAUACUUUGGAAACCGUCAUAAGAGAAAACUCCCUCAAAGCCUGGAAGCUGGAGCAGGAGUGUCUAAAGAUGGAGGAACAGACUAAAAAAGUAAAAAAGGAGAGCGCACCAAAAGGCAAACCGCCAUCUGAGGUGGAUAGGUCAGACAACAAGAGGAGUAAAACAUUAUCUCCAGAGAAGAAGAGUAGAUCAGAAAUGGCAGGAAGCGCAGACAAGUCUAUUUCUACUCCAGCGCCCCCAGUGGAGGAAACGAAAGAGCCGCAUCAGAAUGAGGAGGCCUUUAAGCAUUUUACAGGCUAUCGCAUGGAUGGAAAGUUGAUCCAUGUGUCAGGUCGUCUCCAGCAUCUUUUCCCUUCAGAUGGAGGCCACAUCAGUGUGGAGAACAUCAGCUUUGUUGAAGGUUCAAGCCUUGUGAAACUCGCUGUGAGAAAAGACGGUCAUCAUUUUUACACACACAUCAACCAGUGUAUUGUUGAUUCUGUAACACCUCCCACUCAGAGAGAGACUAGUGAUAUACAGAAGGACUGUAAAGAGUCGGUGGAGAUGAAAAUGGUAAAGCAGGGCUCUCUCUCAGCGGUGCUAAAUAACGGAAUCCACCUGUCAUUCAGUUUCUACGGACCCACGGGGGAAUGCAUAGUGAAUGCACAAGAGGCUGGAGGGGCAAUCCCAGAAUCCUCCACUGCUGUUCCUGUCACUCCCACACAGACAGCAGACAGUCAGGUCCAACCUUCAGAGUUCCAGGUUUCACACAUGCAGGAAAAAAACACAAAAGAAAGCAUAAAUUUCGCCGUGUGUGACAAGCAGACAACAUCAUUAUCCAAACCAUUCACCAGCCUCAACCUGUCACUUCCUACUGGUUUACUGCUACAGGUUCUGAGAGAGGACCCUGAAGGCCAGUACCUUCACCAAAGACACAGGUUUACGCAAACAGGAGUGUCCUCAGAGGAGCUGGGUAUGCUGGUGAGACAGAGCUUUCCUCUCUGUGCUACAGGAGCAGUGACGCCCCCUCAGGACCCCUCCCUCUACAAAGAACUAUCUCGUCUUGUCACCAGUCAGGGAGCUGUGAUCCGGACAAUGAGAGACGGGUCCACGGAGGUCCUGUUUGCAGAUGGCUCAGUUAGCUUUAGCCAGGACUGUGGUCCAGUGUGGGUGCCUGACUCUGAAGUUGAAGAGACUUCCCAGGAGGCUGAGGACAACAAGAAAGAGCAAAGCUCAAGUACGGAUGCCCAGAGAGGUUGUUGGACAACUACGACUCCAUCUGGGGCUCGCAUCUGCACUGUAGGGACCACACACAAACACAUACCCAUCAGUCCUCUUCUUGCUUAUAAGGCUACAGACCCCAUCACCAAUGAGGUGAUGCUGAGUCGAGAGGAUCUAGUAGUAUCCGUCCAGAACCCAGAUGGCUCACUCAUUGUGGAGCACACAGAUGGAACCCGGAUCACCAGCAUGAUCCAAAAUAGCCCACACAUCCUGCUGCACACAGGAGAUCGGGCUGAGAGUGUGACCCUUAAGUCCACUUCUGAAUGUGUAUGCGGUUGCGCCGAGUGUGUGUGUGUCACAAGGUGUGCAGACAGCAUUAAUGAGAAAAUGCACAUCCAGAGUAGCUGUGACACUGGGGAGCACAGGGACAGCACGGAAACAGCACAUGACAAGGACAGCGUGGGACAAGCCUGUGCAAAGUCUGAGUCUGAGCUUAUCUGUGAUGAAGGCGCUCAAAGCAGUGCAUCUAAUGGAGACAAGGGUGUUUCUAUAGUUAAGAGGAAUGAAUGUGAGGAUGAGGAGGAGAGCGAGUCAACCAAGGAGCGAGUGUUUGUGGUGGAGAAGGAGGGCUAUGCCACUGUGGUGAUGUAUCCAGAGCGACACACAGCUCAUGUGUUUUUAGCUGAUGGAACUGCCGUCACUGGAAACAACCAAGGAGAAUAUCAGGUUUUCCCAUCUAAUACCGGGCUGUUGCACGUCCGAAGUGAUGGGAAGUGUGUUUACACGUCUGACUCGCUUACAACCCCCAGUCCAAAGAGCGGUACCCCUACCACCCUCCCAGGAAGCUACACCUUCAGUCACUCUGAUUCAGUGAUCUGUGACAUUACAGACCAUGAUGGAAACCACUUCCAGGUGACUGAGGACGGGCAGGUAUCAGUCCUGAAUUUCAGUCCUGCUUCAAGCUCCAUUAAACUUGAUGAGGAAGAGUUGGAGGAGGAGGAGAGAGAAAUGGCUGGGACUCCUGUAAAACACAGAGAACACUGUCCAAGGUUAUUUGUGUUGCAUGAGGAUGGAUCAGCUACUGAACUGCUGAGCUCUCAGGCUGUGGAGGAGCUGCUCUAUCAGGCGUGUUGUGACCCUGCCAUAGCCGUGCUGAAGGAACCACUGCCAGACACACAAGAUGAAUUUGGCAUUACCAUCUUGAAGCCCAGCCAUCAGAGCGUGUGGUCCAAGUGGUUGCUAGGGAAACAAAAUCCUGACAUCACCCCUCCCAACCUCAGAAACCGUGGCUGGAAUGACUUCCCUAGAGGAGAGACGAAGACCCUGGGUUCUCCAUUUGGUACCAACAUGGGUCGAGGUUUGACUCUAAGCGAGAGGUUUGGUUGUACCACAGCACCGUGUCCAUCUGUCAGAAGUUGCCCUAAAGUCCUGGAGAUGAGGGAGCUUUACCAGCACAGGCCACUUACCACACCCCUCAAAAACACUAUAGACACACGACUAAAGGAAUAUAUAGAAGGUUUGAUGGAGCGGGAGCAACGAUCAGAGGAGAUCAAAGUCAAAGACCCCCGCACUGAGGAAGAGACCGCCCGUGCAAGCGAGAUGCUCAGCCUAGUCCUGUCUUUUGCAGAGGAAGAGGAUAAAGGCCCGACCUUUGACAAGAUGUCUCCUGAGGAUCUUGCCAGUCUCUACAGCAAAGGAGUCAGAGCUGAGCAGUCAGAUGUCUCAGAAGACACAGUCACAUCAGCUAGUGACAGUUUUACAAAGAGAGAAGAGUCAAAAUGGGCUGGAAAUCUUUCACAGUACAGCAGGCAGGAGUUGCUUGAGGAGAAGGUUUGUAGAGAGGCCUUGAGGAAGAAAAACAUUGUUCCUUAUUUCCACGCCGAAAAUGCCACAAUGUUCCAGGAUCUUCUACAACAACAAGUGCCAGACAUGAAGGCUCUCUCCAUGAAUCUCCCUCCGACCCCCAAAUCAGACAGUGUUGAGUUGUUCCUGAUAGAUGCCCCACAAGACACGGCACGGCCCUUAAACGCAACACCCUCCAAAUCAGCAAGUAGCAGUGCAGCAGCACUCCACAGGCCUCCUGAAAAAAGACUCUCAAACCCCACACCACAGGCGACCGGUGAAAGGCAUUUGAGGAGUUCAUCUGUCCCAUUCAAGUCAGUCCAAGUGGAUGUGACUGGGAAACCUCGGAAAACUAAAGUCCGCCUACCGGCCUCCAUCCUCAGCUCCAAACCCCACAGUGAACCAAACCAGCAGUUCCUGUCACUGGAGGAGCCGGUGAGGAGGAAAUGCCGAGCGGUUUCUCUGAUGGAUGCGGGCGUCGUGGUGAGGGGCUUCGUCCUCCUCCCGCCCAGCGUUGACUUCGGCAUGCUGCAGGAGGGCACCUCCUCAGACAUGACUGUGCUGAUGAAGAACGUGGGCGUUGACACCUGCAGGUUCCAUGUGAAGCAGCCUCCUUCUGCGACAGGCCUGCGGGUCAUCUACAACCCUGGGCCUGUGGCUGCAGGUCUGCAUGUUGAACUGAAGGUCCAGCUGUUCGCCAUAUGUGGAGUGGAAGCAGGAGUAGUGGAGCCAAAGACACGCAUCUCCCAGGACGUCACCAUCCGUACGGAGACAGACAUCCUCUACCUGCCCGUCACUGCGACCGUCCUGUCUGAGAGCCUGUACGAGCUCUGGGUUAAAGAUCACACCAGAGCACGGAGAGGCUGCAGGCUGAAGAAGAGGGCCACACACACAUGAGCCUCUGAACCCAGGAUACUCCACUACAUCAGACAUCACUCAUCACUUAUUCCAGGAAUGAGGCAUGUUCAGUGUCUUAUUCAGUGGAUUUUGGAGUGUACCUGAAAAUAAAACGGCAAUGAAUUUA